UGGAGCUGUUUUCACGCAGGUGAUGUGUCAGGAGUUGUCAUGUUACGACUUCGACACAUUCCGUCUUCAAUAACAUGAGAAUCAAUGCCACCUGGCUGUCAUGGAACUGGUGGCCCGAGAACGCAGCGGACACACGGCGGUGGCGGACGGCGACCUGCUAUACGUGUGGGGAGGCUACAUGUCUGUUGCUGAUGAUGAAGUGUUCCUACCCAAUGAUGAAUUGUGGAUCUAUGACCUUGAACAAGGAGUAUGGCAGACAUUCCACAUGACAGGGGAAGUCCCGCCCUCCAUGUCAGGGACUUGCGGCUGUUCCCUAAACAGUCACAUGUACAUAUUUGGAGGUUGUGACGACAAUGGUCAGACCAAUCAGAUCUAUCGCGUCAAACUGACAGACGGUCAAUACGCAUGGACCAAAGUCGUGCACCGUGUCGGUUCCGCGCCAUCGCCUCGAGACAAAUUGUCCUGCUGGGUAUACAAAGGGAGGAUCAUCUACUUUGGAGGAUAUGGUCACAAACUGUUAGCAGAGUUCGACAGAAGAAACAGGAGCUUCAUUGUAGAUGAUUCAUCUGAGGACGUCAUGUGGGGUUGGAACAACGAGGUUCACAUAUUUGACCCCACGCAAUCCAGUUGGGGUCGACCUCAAACACACGGUCGACCUCCAGCCCCCAGAGCGGCCCAGGCCUGCGCCACGCUUGAAAAUCGGGGCUACAUUUGUGGCGGGAGAGUUAAGGAAACCAGAACAAAUGACAUUCACUGCUUGGACCUUGACUCGUGGACAUGGUCAGAAAUAGUCCCUGUGUCCAGCGUUCCAGUGGGCAGGUCGUGGCAUUCGCUCACAGCGGCGUCUGGCAGCACCUUGUUUCUAUUUGGUGGUCUCAGUGUGGACUGCAAACCUAUGAGUGAUGGCUGGCUGUUCGAUGUGGAGACAAAGACAUGGAGAGAACUGGCGCAUCCCUUUAAGAACAAGCCAAGGUUAUGGCAUACGGCUUGUCCAGGAAAGGACUCUGAUGUCAUUGUGUUUGGAGGCAGCUGUGAUUACAUCCUCCUUGUUGACACUGGCCACUGCAAUGACGCCCUCGUCUUCCAGAUGGCGCCGUACCCACUUUUCAGAAUUUGUGAGGACUACAUCGCAAAGAACGCAAGUGAGUACGACGUGUUCCGAAAGCAGCUUCCUCUACUUCCUCCCAAACUGUGCACAGCAGUGAAGAGGAGAAUGUCUUUCUACAGGCCUUCAAAGAAACAACACACGCACGUUCUCUGAAUGCCAACAACAAUGCAUUUUAUUAAUUUUAUUGUCACUUUUAUUUCAAUAUAGUACUGUGAUUUAUUUGUAACAUUGAACCUUAAAUGUGGGAAGAAGCACAUUUAUCUUCUGUUUUAAGUACAUGUAAGAAAUGAUCCAUUUUAUUGUUGCACAAAUGUGAAAUCUUGUGCUGUCUGCCUGCUGUCAUUAUGAUGAUUAAAUGGCAAAUGACAAAA